AUGGCCGUCGAGAAUGCUGAGAGCGAACGUGCUCCAUCAACAACUUUUCCCAUAUCGUUACCUCAUAGGCAGAUGCUGUACAUCUCUAAGGAAUUACCACAUAACUUAGCUCUCGAGCCACUGAAGCUUUCAGAAGUUUUUGAUGAUGCGAAU